CCAGCUAACCUCUUCUCCGCCGAAGUAGAAAAAAAGCACGCUUGUGUGAGCGCGGAGGGGAAGGGCAGGGAAUGUGGACAGAGAGGGAGGAGUGGUGUAAUAACUCUUUAGUCAUAAGACUUGCCAGUUGGUAGUUGCUAGUCUUCCAGACACUUCCUAAUGCCAGACAAAUGCCCCAAGCCUCGGCAUGUCUGGCUUGGAGAUCUAUUCAUCUGAUAGCAGCCCGGCUCUUGCGGGAGAACAGAGGUCUGGGGCCCGCAGCGCUCGGCUUGCUAAUCAAACACAACAUUGUUCUCAGACGGAAGAAUGGAAAGGUUUGUUUCAAAAUCCCAACUUUUUUUUUUUUUUUUCUAAGAGGCACCCAAGUUGUUUUAACAAGUUGCUACAAAACUUGGGCUUCCUGAGGUGAGCCGGUUGCGCACAGAGCUUGUACUGUACCAAAAUCCAGGGAGGGAGGGAUCAGAGUUAGUCAUUAAAAAAGAAAAAAAAAAAAAAAAAGCCCCAGGCACUUCAUGCCUGGAAAUGAUGUAACAGGCAGCCACUCCUCUGUUAGAACUACAACCAAACAAUGCUCGGGCAAUCCGCGGCAGCUGCUCUCCAAAUGUCAGCGCCAGCCCGGUCCAAAGAGCUUGAAAGGCACCAAGCUGGAGGACUUUGUGCUGUACCUUUCUCGCCCACAUUUUCCCCAAGCACUCCCAGGAACCUGGCAACAGGUAACGUGGCAACCUUCGCCUUGUAAAAUGGCAAGUGGCAUAAUUUCAGAGAACAGAUGGAUGCAUUUUUUUAAAGCCGGCUGCAUCUCCCCCCACCCCCCCCACCUCCAUACCCCGCCCCUCCCCCCCCCAGCCAAGAGACUGGAGAAAAAGGUAUUGCUUGCGGGCAGCCCUACUCUCGAGUGCCGCCUUGUGGCCAAGCUCGGAACCUCAGCGAGGUACUUGGAAAUCCGCGGCUCAGCUCCAAGGCUGAAUGCCACCCGCACAAAAGAACUCCUGUUGACAUCUCAUUUACAAUCUCCCCCAGGACACAGACAAGACCAUUUCAAUAAACCCGGCUCAGAGACACCUAUUGUUCGGAAUCUUCAACUAGCAACAGGCUUCCACCACAACCUAUUGUUUUGUAAAAUAAAGGAUUUUGAAGGAGAAGGAUUGAGACUGUGGACGCCUUGAAAAGAGGAAGGAAAAAAGUCCCUUUGACCUGAUGCUGUCACAGAGCGUGCAAGAAGAAUGAAGUUAAUGGAUUUCCAUUUUUAUAAGAAGUGCAUAAGAAACGCCUGUUAAGUUUCUGAACUGGUGAUGGAGAAUUCCAAAUUUGCUGCCAGCUUGGUGCAUCAAGAAGCAAACUCCUGCCCACGGGUUUGCUAAAUGCAAAGCCCCGGGCUAUACUUACCCUAUUCUCAGCCUUACCAAAGUCCUGAUAGCCCCAAUAGCAGAGCACCAGGUGAGUCUUUGAUCUGGGUUGUUUCCCUGGGAAUUAGAGCCUGACUGUCUUUUCCAAGUAGAAUUUCCAGGCUCAGAGUCCACUCCUCCCCACCCCCCACCUCCCCUUUAAUGAUUUCCUUUUUUCCAUCACCACCAUUUUUCUCCCUCUUUGAGUAAAAGGUAAACACUCUCUGGAGUUAUGCAAUGUGGUCCCUAGAUUGUUUUUCUUCGCUAUGCCUCAAAUUGAGGGAUGCAGUUGUAUUUACCCCCAAAAAGGGCAUUUCUCAAAUGCUCCUUAUCUUGACCCUCAUAACAGGUCUUGCAGUUAACAUUACCCCUCUCUGCAAACGAUCCCUUUAUCUACCCGGCGCAAACUCUGGGCAUUAUCUCUAAUUCCUUUGAGACCUUCUGUCUUCUCUUAAAUCUGUCUGGAAUCCUUCUACCUCCUACCAUCCAGCUUUCUGCUUUCCUAGAUCCUAUUACCUCCCCUCUGGAGGCUCACAGCAACUUCCUAAGUCACAGUUUCUCGAACUACCAGUUGUGACUUAUUCAGGGGUCAUGAAAUCCAUUGAGGUGGGUCAUACGGUUUCACCAUUUAAAAAAUGAAGUAGAUUAGAAAAUGUGAGAUGUGUCAAACAAAGUAAGUACCGUUUCCUGAACCUUGUUGCAGUGUGUGUGUGCAUCCAGAUCUGUGUACAUUCUGGGCAACAGGAAAGAUUGAAUUUUGUUUGCCAAGAUAUUUUGAGAAAUACUCUUCUAAUUGGUCUCACUGGGUCUGUCUUGUCCCUGCUUCCCACACUGUUGAAUACACUUAGAGCAAGGGUUCAAGAUCCUGACCAGAACCUGUCACUCUCCAGCUGACAGGUCUGCCCACAGGAGAAAGUCUUGCAUAAAGUCUAGGGCUUUGGAGAUUCUGAAUAACUUAGUUUCUGCUCACCUUCCAAAAGAACCUUGGAAUUCUACAUCCUCCUGACGGCUUUUACUGUUAGUUAUUAAAACCAUCAAGUUCCCUGGAAAGACAAAGGGGACUUAAAAAACAAGGUAAAACAACAACCUUCAUGAUAGAUUCCUGCCUAGACAGGUCCUGAAAUUUAAAAGAAUAGUCCUGAGGCACCUGGGUGGCUCAGUCGGUUAAGUGUCCGACUCUUGAUUUCUGCUCAGGUCAUGAUCUCUUGGCUCCUGAGAUCGAGCCCCACAGUGGGCUCUGCUGCUCUGGGCUGACUGUUGUCAGCGCAGAGCUUCCUUGGGAUUCUCUCUCCCUCUCUCUUUGCCCUUGCCCUGCUUACGUGCACGUGUGUGUGCGCUCUCUGUGUCUCAAAAUCAAUAAACAUUAAAAAAAAAAAAAAUUAGUCUUGCUGUAGUUUGCUACUAUAUGGAGAGAUGUUCAUAUCUCCUUUUUCAUAUUGGAAGUGAAAAAUUAAAGAAAUCUGCACAUUCCUGACCCCUGGUAGUGGUUAUUCUACAAAGGCACAUGGGACAGACACAACCUUCCUGAAGGUUCCAACAAGAGCAUCCUUAUCCCCCCCUUUUUAAAAAAAAUGUUUUUAAUAUUUAUUUUUGAGAGUGAGCAAGGAGGGGAGGGGUAGAGAGAGAGGGAAACAGAAUCUGAAGCAGGCUAUAGGCUCUGAACUGUCAGCACAGAGUCUGACACGGGGCUUGAACCCACGGACUAUGAGAUCAUGACCUGUGCCAAAGUAGGAUGCUUAACCCAUUGAGCCACCCAGGCAUCCCAAGAGCAUCCUUAUCCCUUUCUUAGUGCUGGUGCCCUGAUGCCUUGACCCAUAACCACUCUCAAGGUGAAAGCUGCAUCUUGCUGGAAUGAGAUGUGGCCCCAGUUCUUGCAACCCCUCCCCCAUCCUUCCUGAUCAGAACCACACUGAAGAAGUCCCUGCUUCUUUGCUGCUUGCCUCACUUCUGUUCUGGAGUCUGGGUUUAGGUAACCUGCUCCAUAAAGUAGAAAGUCAACAGAAAUUCACCUCUUUAGGGGAAAACAGAAACAAAACAAUAGUGAUACUGCUCUUUUUUUUCCUAAUGUGAUCGAUUGUACUCUAUAAUUUAUAAGCCAGUGUGUUGCUUUUUUCUAUAAACUGAC